AGAAGUUUGGGGGAGAGGGGAGAGAGGAGAACAAUGGUAAUGGUCGAAAGAUGAUGCUAUUAGAGAGCACACGUUCAGAUCCCGUCGGGUCAAGUCGACCCAAACUUUAUUUACCGUGGGGCGGGCAAGCGGGAACACGAGGAAAAGGAAAAAACACGGUGAUCCAUAUGGAAGGGCAUCUCCCCCAUAGAAGAAUCUCCUUUAGCCCCUUUAAGGCACUUUGUCCGCCCACGGCAAAUUACUAG